AUGACUGUACGCUCGGCUACCCACGCUGGGACGUGGUACUCGGCGGACCGGGCCACAUUGGACCAGCAGCUGUCAAAAUGGAUUCGUGAGGCGCAGAGCCCGAGGCGUCCCGCAUCGAAUGCGUACGGCUUGGAGGAGCCGCCCAUUGCGCAGCAUGCGAUGGUGAACGGAUGUAAAGGAAUUAUUGCUCCCCGCCGUGUCUUUGUCCUGGGCCCGUCGCACCAUGCCUACCUGGAAGGCUGUGCCCUGAGCGACUAUGAUGUUCUCUCUACGCCAAUCGGAGACCUUCCUGUGGAUAUGCAAGUAAACCAAGAGCUGGAUGCCACAGGCCAAUUCAGGGUCAUGACGUCGGCCGUCGACGACGCCGAGCACAGCAUCGAGAUGCAUCUGCCCUAUAUCCGCAAAGUCUUCGAGGGCCACAACAUCUCGGUGAUUCCUUUGUUGGUCGGCCAGCUGACGCCCGUGGACACGGCCAAGUACGCGUCUGUGCUGGCCGAGUACUUUUCCGACCCUGCGACGCUGGUUGUGGUCUCGAGCGACUUUUGCCAUUGGGGUGAGCGGUUCCGGUAUACACGUUACGAAUCCGAUACGGGCGUCGGCCCCAUCCGCCUCUCGACGCGUACGCCCCGUGAAGAGUACGAAGCGCGUCCGAUUUAUGAAUCCAUCCAAUCCCUUGAUGCGGACGGCAUGACGGCUAUUUCGUACGCGGCCGAUGCCGAGCUGCCCAUACGGCACAUGAGCGCGGCCGAGGCACGCAAGGCCUUUGCCGUCUACCUGUCUCGGACCGGCAACACGAUCUGCGGCAAGAACCCAAUUUCGCUGCUGCUUGCCACGCUGCAUCAGCUCGAGACGCAUGGCGACACGCACCGCUGCCUCUUUACACACUAUGAGCAGAGCAGCGCCGUACACACGCCGGGCGACAGCUCCGUGUCGUAUGCGACAGCAUUCGUUCAAAAAGUAUAG